UUUUUUUUUUUUUUUUUUUUUUUUUUUUAAUCAACUUCAGUUCCUCCUCUCCUGAUUCAAGUCCCAGGCACACCUUUGCCAGGCAAGACCAAGUGCCAGCCCCCACCCCUGGGCUGUGGCCGCACUCAGAGUGUCGAUUGCAAGGAGCAUGGAGGCAGUGGUCAGAGCCCGGCCCGGAGGCCUGGUCUGGGUGGCCUGUCUGUUCCUGGCACUUCCUGUCAAGGCCACAGGGCCUGAAACAGCUCAGCCAGAAGUGGACACGGCCCUGGGCCGCCUGCGAGGCCAGCGAGUGGGCGUGAAGGGCACUGACCGCCUGGUGGACGUCUUCCUGGGCAUCCCGUUCGCCCAGGCCCCACUGGGGCCCAACCGGUUCUCAGCCCCGCGCCCGGCCCAGCCCUGGGAGGGCGUGCGGGAUGCCAGCCGCGCACCCCCCAUGUGCCUGCAGGACGUGGAGAGAAUGAACAACGGCAGGUUCACAGUCAAUGGGGAGCAUCAGAUCUUCCCUGUUUCGGAGGACUGCCUGAUUGUCAACGUCUAUAGCCCCGCCGAGGCUGCUGCAGGGCCCGGGAGGCCGGUCAUGGUGUGGAUCCACGGUGGCUCUCUGAUGGUGGGCGCCGCCACGUCCCAGGACGGCUCAGCCCUGGCUGCCUACGGGGACGUGGUGGUGGUCACGGUGCAGUACCGCCUGGGCAUGCUGGGCUUCUUCAGCACCGGGGACAAGCACGCGCCUGGCAACCAGGGCUUCCUGGACGUGGUGGCCGCUCUGCACUGGGUGCAAGGCAACAUCGGCCCCUUCGGAGGGGACCGCAGCAGUGUCACCAUCUUUGGCGGAUCUGCUGGGGGCACCAUUGUCUCUGCUCUGGUUCUGUCUCCCAUGGCCACAGGGCUGUUCCACAGAGCCAUUGCCCAGAGUGGGGUCAUCGGCAUGCCAGGGAUGAUGGAGUCUGACCCAUGGCCCAGAGCUCAGAGCAUCGCGAGCUCCCUGGCCUGCAGCGCCACCUCCCCGGCCGAGCUGUUGCAAUGCCUGCGGCAGAAGGAAGGAGAGGAGCUCAUCCCGACCAAGGCUUCGAAUUUUUUUUACGCGACCUACACCUCUGAUGGCACCUUCUUUCCCAAAAGCCCUCAGGAGCUCCUGGAGGAGAGGCAGUUCCACCCCGUGCCCUUCCUCCUGGGCUUCAACAACCACGAGUUUGGCUGGCUCAUCCCCAGGGCCUGGGGGUUCCUGGAUAAGAUGGAGCAGAUGAGCCAGGAGGACUUGCUGGCCCACGUGAAGCCCUUCCUGACCUAUCUGGGUGUGCCGUCCGAGGUGAUGUCUGCCGUCAUUGAUGAAUACCUAGACAGCGAUUCAGGCGCACAAGGCAGACGCCAGGCCUUCCAGGAAUUGAUGGGUGACAUCAUCAUCGGUUUCCCCGUCUUCAAUUUCUCCAGAAGCCUCCUAGACUCCGGCAGCCCCGUCUUUUUCUAUGAGUUCCAGCAUCGGCCCAGUUGUUUUGAGAAGAUCAAGCCAGACUGGGUGAAGGCUGACCACGGGGCCGAGAGUCCCUUCAUGUUUGGGGGGCCCUUCCUCACAGACGAGAGCUCCCUGCUGGCCUUCCCAGAAGCCACAGAGGAGGAGAAGCGGCUGAGCCUCACCAUGAUGGCCCAGUGGGCCCACUUUGCCCGGACCGGGGACCCCAACGGCAAGGGGCUGCCUUUUUGGCCCCAGUUCAACGAGUCGGAGCAGUACCUGGAGAUCGGGCUGGUGCCACGGGCCAGCCAGAAGCCCAAGGAGGCCCGGAUGCGGUUCUGGGCAGAGACGCUCCCCAGCAAGGCCCGGCAGUGGCACCAGAAGCAGCAGGGCAGGAAGGCCCCCGAGGAGCUCUGAGCUCUCUGCUAUGGCCUGGGAAAGCAGAGGAAGAUGGCCCAAGUCCUUGGGCCCCUGCACCCGCAUGGGAGACCCGGAAGAAGCUCCUGGCUCCUGGCUUCAGAUCGGCGCAGCUCCGGCCAUAGCAGGCAAUUAGGGAGUGAACCAGAGGAUGGAAGACCUCUCUCUCUCCCUCUCUCUGCCUCUCCUCUCUCUGUGUAACUCCAACUUUCAAAUAAAUAAAUAAAUCUUUAAAAAAAAAAGAGAGAAAGAAAAAAGAAAGAGUUACAGAGAGAGAGAGAGUCUUCCAUCUGAUGAUUCACUCCCCAUUGGGAUGCCGGCACUGCACGCAGCAGCUUUCCCCGUGACACCACAGUGCCGGCCCCGGCCUGGGCCUUCUUGGCUGGGCCAAUCCAAAGUGUGGCGGAGAGCCAGCCUCCUUCUCCCCCGACGUGGGCGCAGGGCCCUUCUGCACCUCAGGGCCUUUGCACAAGCUCCUCCCUCCCCCUUUUCCUCUUGCCUCAUGACAAAUUCCUGUUCAUUCUUCAAGAUCCCCGGAAGACCCAGUCCCCCAGGAAGCCCGCCCUGCCUUCUCUGGGCCCUGUGGUCCUCAAUCCGUAUCAGUAGACGGUAGCACACAGUCCACCCUGGGCUAGCACUGUCUAUGUCUGUCCCCGGGGGCCAGGGUCACUCUGUCACUCACACAGGGAGGGGGCAGGACCUGGAGGGAGGGGACGUUUGAUGAGUGACACACAGAGUAUGUGAGUGGUGGCCCUUCAGUGCUGAAGUCUUGCUCAGUUUGCCACAGGUUUUGUCGGCUCUGGCCAGGAGGCAGAGUCGCGCAGUGGAGGGGACUGGGUCCUGGAGGCAUCCAGCCUGCAGUAGAGCCCUGGCCUCCAGGGGCUACAGCCGGAGGCCGGUAGAGUCUCCUCCUCUGCUGCCCGGACUUGGCCCCUGCACAAGACGGAGCAGACACACACAGCAGUUCUGGACGUCACCGGUUACAGCUCUGACCCUCAGGUCCUGGCACACGUGCUCCGCACCCCAGUGCCUGGGCUCCGCCCUUCCCAGGUGGGGGCGCUCGGCACAGCUCCCAGAGUGCCCACCAGGACCCUGCCUCGGUCACCCCAAGUUCCUGAUGGCUGACGGUUACAGGGAAAGAAUCCACAGCUGGGACCCGUUCUCUUCCGGAAAGUCCAUUAGGACAGCAAGCAGGGACAUGGUGACCGAAGGGCUCUGCGUCCUGUCCUGUCCUCCCUCGAAAGCUCGGCGGGUGGAGGUGGAGGUUGUAGUGUGGUGGUUCGAGUCCCAGCUGCUCCACUUCCUAUCCAGCUUCCUGCUAAUGUGCACCCUGGGAGGCAGUAGAUGAUGGCUCAAGCCCUUGGGAGCCUGCCAUCCACAUGGGAGACCCAGAUGGAGUUCUGGGGUCCUGGAUUCGUCCUGGCCCAGCCUGGCUGUUGUGGGCAUUUGGGGGAGUGAACUGGUGGUGGAGAGAGCUCGCUGUCUCUCCCUGCUCUCUCAAAUAUGUAGUUUGAAAAGAAAAAAAGCUCACAGCGA